AAGCAUACCUUACUACAACUUCACGUGGGACGGUAUAAAACAGACUGUCAUCAUGGUGUUCAUCUUCGGCGUCAAUUUCAGCGAGCAACAGCUCGUCGCCAAAGCUCUGCAGUCUUUCUACGGCAUCGGACCGCACGUGUGCAAAGGCAUCAUGGCGAAGUACUUCAUCCACAACACUGCCAAAGUGGGCGCGCUGCAAGGACGACAGCUGGACGACCUAGGUGCGGAGCUAAGCACGAUGACCAUCGAAAACGACCUGAGGCGGCAGGUUGUGGACAACAUCAAGCGGCUACGGGAUAUGGGCACAUAUAGGGGCAGAAGACAUGCUAUGAGUCUGCCGGUGCGCGGACAGAACACGAGGAGUACUCAGAUUCUCACCGCCCGGAAACUGAACAGGAUAGAACGUAGAGGAUGAUGAGUCACGGUCGGUAUCUUGUAUGCAUUUAAGCGAGCAUCGGGCGGCGCGUGGCGGUGUUAUGAUACCCUUUGCACGACGGUCAGGCAGUAAGCGCACGACUGAUAGGGAGUUUGGGAUCUGAGACAGCGUGCAAUGUUGCGCAGACACCACAGCCUGCAAUAUGCUGUUUUGCGACAUUGUCGAGAAUCUUUUUCUGGCCCAACGCCAGCAUAGCAGUGUCUGUUGGUACAAAUGAUCAAUUAACGACAGUCUAUCGCUAGUACUUCCUGGCCAAUAAGCCAGCCUCCAAGCGCCCAUGCUAUGCAAGUAACCUCGAUGAUGGUAACACCAAGGUCCGAAUCCGAUUGCUCGCUGAAUGCGUCAUGACGAAUCGACAACAUGGUGACCCAUCUGCCUGCCUGCCUGCCUGCCUGCCUGCCUGCCUGCCUGCCUGCCUGCCUGCCUGCCU